AUGGCACAGGUGGCCCGAGAUGCAGACUCCUUCUAUGUACAGGAUUGUCGACAGGUGCAGAACAACACUCAUUCGAUCCAGACCCUGACUGGGCAGAUUUCUCGGCUAGUAGGGACCAUGGAAGCAGAGAAAGACUUCCAACACUGCCGAAAGAUGGUGGAUGAUGCAGUGCGCCAGGCUUCAGAGACCAAAGCGAUCCUAGCCCGCAUCCGGGAGCACCAGCACCAGGCGCAGAACACUGCCGAGCGCAACAACCGCCGGAUGAUGUACCAGAAGCUUUCGGACAAUUUGGCCAUCACCGCGCGCGUGCUGGAGGACGUCGUCCGGCGCUUCACGGCCGAGGAGCGCCGGCGGGUCGGGAGCAGCGGAGUCUUCGAGGCCCCGGGCAUCGCCGCUGCAGAUGUCGCCGGAGGCAACGACCAGAAGCCUCUUCUCUCCACCGGCGGAGAUCAGAUGGACACUGCCUUGCAGACGGACAAAGUUCAGACUCUGCGAAAAGUGGAUGAGGAUAUGCUUUGCUUGCAACGCAUCUACACGGAUCUGGCGACAGCCGCCGAAGAACAAGCCUCCAGCUUCGAUACUCUGGAGAGUCACAUGGCCCGAGCCUCUGCCGACAUUGAGCGCGGAAGAGAGGAGAUCGAGUACACAGACAGAUACAAUUUCAGCGCGCGGCUGAAGCGCAGGCUCCGGGAUGAUGCAUGUGACUCAUGUGACUUUUUUGGUGCAGAUUUGGAUCGGUGCCGCGGGCGUCGGUUCAUUGAUCCUGGUGACCUCAUUGCUCAGGCUGUCUACGAGGAUUUCACCCACUUCUUGAGUGCAGGUGCUGGAAGUCGCCAGACAUCCUUCAGCUGGGGCGGGGAGUCGGCCGUGGAGAAUCUGAGGUUCUUCGACCCCUGCGAAGAAGGCCUCGAGAUGGAUCCCAGUUGCCCAGUUGGAACAGUGGUGACGGACGGCAGAGGGCAGAGGCUUGGCUGUCCCUUCCACUGUCAUACUGCAACACAGCGAGUCAUUUCCAACUGGCUGAAGCGGCAGACGCAGCGCGGCCUGACACUGGCCACAGAGUACGCAAAAGCUGGAUACGAAAAGGCAGUGGAGCGAGCAGACGUGGCAUUUGCUGGCCGCAGUCUCCUGGACAGCGGAACGCCAGCGCAGGAGGCCAUUGCCCUGAAACAGCAAUGCGACCGCGCGGUGGCUGCAGACACGGCGCUGCAACAGACGCUUGCAGACCUGUCGGCACAAUACCGGGAAGAGGCCAGAUUCUCGAGAAGCCCGGAGAAUGGACAGGCCAUUGGUGCCUGGGCAGCGCGCUACGGCGAGGCUGCCCAGAUGCUUGGGAAGCCUCCGGCGGAGCCGCAGCGAUCUCCGGUGGAGCAAGAUGCCAUUACCCUCCAGCAGCUGAGGUUCGAGCUCCACGACCUCAAAGCCAAUGGCGUUCUAGAGGAGGACGAGCUCAUCAAGAUGAACGAGAAGGUGUCCUUGCUCCACUAUGGCAAGGCAGAGACCAACAAAGAAGCCAUUCGGGAGAAGUACAAAGGCGUCUUCAGAGAGCACCUGGAUGCAAACGGGAAGCCCGUGCCGUUCAGCGUCUUUCGCGAAUACAUGCAGGGGGUGCUGAAUGACAUCGACACAGACCCAGAAGGCCAGGUGAUGAUGGUGGAGCAAUUCAUUGCCGAGGCUGAGAGUGCUCGGCAAGCCUUCCGGUAUCCCUCCCUCAUCAGCGCCUCUUGGGACUUAAGCAGAUCGUGUUUGUGCGGUGGUUUCAAGGUGGUGUUUAGGGACGCAGCAGGCCUAGUCGCCGUGCAUUCAUAG